AUGGCGGAACCGUAUAAGCUACGUUGGGGAAUGAUGGCGACGGGUGGUAUUGUCAAAAAAUUCACGCGCGACCUCCUCAUCGACCCCGCUCUCCGCAGCUCAGGAGACAUUUCCCACACAGUUAGCGCCGUAGCAUCAUCUACGUCCAAAGCGCGCGCGGAGCAGUUCAUCGCCGAACUCGGACUGCCCGCUCCCUGCGCUGCAUAUGGAUCCUACGAAGAAUUGGUCAAAGACCCGUGCGUCGAUGUCGUCUACGUCGCAACUCCCCACUCCCAUCAUUUUCAGAAUGCCAUGCUUGCCCUGGAGCAUGGGAAACAUGUCCUUUGUGAGAAAGCGUUCACGGUGAAUGCGGCUCAGGCGAAGAUCUUGGUGGAAACGGCAAGGAAGAAAGAGCUGUUUCUGAUGGAAGCGGUGUGGACAAGGUAUUUCCCACUUUGUGUGGAGAUUAGGGAGCUGGUGAAGAGAGGGGAGAUUGGGGAGGUGCUGAGAGUGAUAGCGGAUACGAGCGCAGGGAGUGAUUUAGAGAAGGAUUGGAGUCUGGAUCAUAGGAUGGUUAACAUAAAUCUUGCAGGUGGUGCACUACUUGAUCUGGGUAUCUACUCAUUAACCUGGGCUUUCCAGAUUCUCUACCAUACACUCCCACCGUCAGACCGCGCUGCUCCUUCUGCGAUAUCCUCUCAAAUCACCAAGCACCCCGCUACCGGAGCCGAUGAAUCUACGUCUAUUUUACUUGAGUUCCCCCGGUCCACACCAUCAGGGAAACUCAAAAGCCAUGCCGUUGCCAUGACGAGCAUCCGCGUGUCCAUUGACCCAGAUGAAGAAGGCACUGCAGGCCCGUCAGUCCGUAUUCAAGGCACAAAUGGUGAGAUCCAAGUCUAUGGCGAUCCUUACCAUCCCAAAAGAUAUAAGAUUAUACCACGAAAGAUUGUAGGUCAGCUUGUGAAAGCUGUGAAACAGGUUGACGCUGUGUUCCCAGGGAAUGGACGGGGAAUGUACUGGGAAGCUGAUGAAGUGGCUAGAUGUCUGAGGGAUGGAAAGCUGGAAAGCGAAACCAUGCCUUUAUCAGAGAGUUUGGUGAUUAUGGAGGUCAUGGAUGAGGUGCGGAGGCAGGGAGGGUUGGCGUACCCGGAAAAAAUUGAGUCAACGCAGUAUCCACUGCAACUUUGAGAGGUUGGAGCUGUGUUUGCAUAGGUCUAGGAUGACAGCUGGCAUCUUUACAUGUAUAUAUGUAUGUACGCCUUUUCUUCGCCUCUUAUGCCUUACCCUUCUCCCAGCUGGAAAUUAUGGUGGUUAAUAUGUACCUGAAUGACAUUUUGCACUGUUUGGCUUUCA